AUGCUGUCAAUAUGGCCCCUGUUAUUGAUCUUAACAACGGUUACGGCCAAAAUUGACGUGGCGCAGGAAAAAGCGUCCGAAUUGCAUGUCAGCCAGCCCAAAGUGAAAGACGCUGCUGAACACGUGGACCACAGGAAAGUUUGUGCGUUUUUUUCAUUGUUUAACUGGAUUUUAGAACAUUUUCUGGUCUAUCUGGUUCAUUUUUUUCAUUUUUGGUAGUCGUUGGAGGUACAUUUUUUGAUAUUAAACAUGACUGCUUCACUUUAAAAUUUUGUUAGUUUUUAAAAAACCUUCGUGGAAUUUUGAUUCAGAGCUUUUUGACUUUAUAAACAUUCUCUAAAACGCUUAAAUGAUUGAAAUUGAUUGAAUUUUGUGCCCAUGCGAUAAAAAGAUAAAAAAAGAUAACUGUUUUUUUGAAAUAUUUAAAUUAGCAAAAAAAUGGUUAAGUAUAAUUUUUUUGUUUUUCAUUUUUUUGAUAUUCGAUUCAAAUUUCAUUUGUUUUUUUCGAAUUGGUGCUGAAUUUAUGGCUGUUUGAUCAGGAAAAAAAAAUUUUUUUCUGGAAAAACUCACAAUGUUGCUCCAAAACAAAAAAAAAUCUUAGUGUUUUUGGAGCAUUUUUUUGGUCGCAAAUGGACAUCUUUUGCGAUUGCAUGAUUCGAUUUUUACGCCGAGCUCGAAUUAAUUUCUCUAUUUUUAUAUUAAAAUGAAGUUUCUUUAUUUUUUUAGUUUUUCUGAGUCCGUAGGCACGUAUCUUCUUAUUGCACUUUUUCAAAACGUUCAAUCGAUUUUUUUCUUUUCCAAAAACCUUUCAUUUUAAAGAUUUUUUUAUUUUCAAAAUUUGUAUUUUUCAGACACUGAACUUUUCAAGUUGAGGCGCCGGGAGCACAGUGGAGCCAUCGAAUCCAUAAAAAAGAUUGAUUUUCAGAAGCGACGGCCUUUUCUGGAAGAGGUUUUUCAGGGCUUUUUUGGAACAUAUUGACGGAGUUUGAUGGUUUUCAGGUCUUAACAAGCGUCAGUAAAAUUUUAUUGGAAUGUCGGGAAAAAUUGGAAAGAAUCCAACACGCGGCCACAGACCCAUUUCCACACGACAGCGAAACUCUUCGAGAUUUAUUAUCUAAAGUACGGUUUUUAUUGGGCUUUCAUUGAUGGUAGGAAGGAAUUUUGGGUUCCCGAAUAUUCGUGAACGUUAACUGUGCAAAAACCAAUCUUGGAGGCUCGAGUCUUCGAAAAUUUGAAUCUUUGAAUUUCCUUCUUUUUUUUCCUACAUUUUUUUCCUUUGUCGUUUUAUUGUGAAGAUGCCGUGUUUCGACCACAAAUGAACACUGUAUGAUUUUUUUCAACUAACUUUUUAUCAAAUAAUGCGUCUUUCUCGCAUACACGUAAUCCAAUACUCGUUGCAGAACGGCUACCACAUUUUCAUUCACUCUGUAUAUAUUCUCCAUCAACUUCUGUUUACAAAAAAAGUUGGAAAAAAAUUAUAAAAAAAUAAGAAAAGAGGUGAAUAUUCCCAAGAAUCGUUUGCAAAGAUUCAAAUUUUUCAAAGAUUCGAGCCUCCAACAUUGGUGUAUGCACAAUUAACGUUCACGAAUAUUCGGGAACCCAAAAUUCCUUCCUACCAUCCUUUCAUUAUCAUAGUCAAAGUCGGAAAGGUUCGAAAAAGGCUCCAUAGAAAUGUUCCUUUGUGACGAAAGAUCCUUUUUACUGCCUUUUUGCGCCAAUUCCUCAGCCUUUAUGCACCCUUUUUGCUGCCUCUUUCCACCAUUUCUUGAGCCUUUGAAAUCCCAGAAAAAAUGAUGGGCUCAAUAAAGGGACUCUUUUGGCUGCCUUCUAGCGGCCAUUAUCCACCAUUCUGACUUUUCCUGAGUUAUUAUAUACUGAAUUUUUCUUUUUUCAGGUCGUUGAAAACACGGCGUUCUUCAGCGACUUGUCCCUGCACUUUUCUCAAUUUUUCGAGAAAAAAUUGGCCAAAGAUAGAAAAUUGAAGACGACAGUCGUUUGGGCGUUCAAUUAUGCCAAGGAUACUGGUAAGUAAGAUGAUAAUAAAUAAUUGAUCGAAGAAGGAAGGGUAGAAAAAUUAUAUUAUUUUUCGAAUUCUUUUUAUUUUUUUAUUUUUUUCCAAAAAAAUCUCUAAAAUUUCACCCCCUCAAGGUUUUAAAAAAAUCAUGAAGAGGAACACGAUUCGCUUGCUUUUUUUGUUGAAAAAAACGUUUAUCAAAGCAUAAUUUCAGUAUUUUUAAUUAUCUUUCCGGGAUUUUUUUCUAAUUAAUGACUCAAAAAAAGGGAAUAUUUUUAGAAAAACUCAAUCGGAAAAAAAUAAAAAAAUAAAGAAGCCCUUUUUUUCAUUUUUUUGAUUCAAUAUAAUCAAUUGAUUUGCUUAGAUUUUACGAAAGAAAAUGACAAAAAAAUAGAAAAAUUUUUUUGGGAGAACACGUUUCAGUAUAUUAUUAAAGUAUACAUGCUUUUCUGAGCUUUGUAAUAACUCGGAAAGUGAAUUAUAAAGAUCAAGGCUUAUGAUUUAAUAACUUUUGUGAGAAACUCUCGUUUUAUUUGCACUUUUCCAUUGGAAAUAUUGAGAUUUUUUCAAAAUUUUCAAGAUUUUUUCAGGUCUUCUCGACCCUGAAACUUUGGAUCGAGUCAACUUGAUGGCUCAACAACACGAGAUCGUUCAAAGAAGUCCAGAGUUGGUUUUUCGUUUUUAUUUUUGAAGACCAAUCUUUAAAAAAUGAGAAAAAAAUCUUUUUUUACCGUUUUGCUGAUUUUUCCUCGACUUUUCCACAGGAAAAUAUUUUUUUUCAGUUAUAAAAAAAUCCUUAUGAUCGCGUGAGGACCAAAGGAAGAAAUCGAACGGGAAGCCUACGAAGAAAUGAAACGGAAAAAAAGUAAUACAUCAUUUUCAAAUUUUCAAAUAAUAUAUUUUUCUUCAGGCCGAGAAGGAGAACGAGAAAAAGCCUCGGAAAAAAAGCGGCCAAGAACGAGUUGUAAAUAA